AUGAUUGAAUUUGAGCUAUACUAUGAAACCUUCCUAGAUAGGUGGAUUUCUACUAUCGAACCUAAACUUGAACCAGAGGAGGAGCCAUAUUAUGAAUCUGAUUCGGAGCUAGGGGACGAGUCGAGGUAUGUACCAGGACCAGAGGCAGAUGCAGAGCAUGAGCCAGUGUUCGAGCUAGACCCUGAGCUAGGAGAUGACCAGGAAUUUGAGCCAGAGUCAUGUAUAUCGUCAGACGAUGAAGCCCCUCCAUCUAAACUACGUAGGAUUCAAAAUGAUGGGACAAGUGAAGAUGAAGACUAG